AUCGCAGCGUAGAAAAAAAAAAGGCUCUGGAUUCCACCUCUUCCCGUCGCUGGAGACGGUUCUUAUGCCGCUUGGCUUUCAGUUUUCAUAAAAAUUUUGUUCGAUAGCUGACGGAAUGUCCACUCGGAUAUGCGGGAGGUGCUUGCUUCUAUUAUAUUUGGUUAAAACUGAUAUAGCAGUAGCAAUCUGGGAUAAAUAAAGUUGAAGAGAAUAAAUAGUGACUUUUGUGCGAGGUUCUUAUACUCCAUACCAUGCUUAAGGUCCCAGAUCAUCAGGUUGCAGGCCACCAGGCCUGUGAUGGAAUGGUUGGUCCUUUGGUAGAUGAUUCAGGGCACUUCUACAAGCCUCUUCAAAAUGAUGAACGCGGAUCCGCAGAGGUGGCCUUUUAUACAUCGUUCUCUUCCAACAAUAAGAUUCCAAAUCACAUUCGUAGAUUCUUCCCUCUUUUUCAUGGCACUCAGCUUAUAGAAGCAUCUGAUGGGUCUGGCCUGCAUCCUCAUCUUGUGCUGCAAGAUGUUGUCUCAAGUUACCACAAUCCAUCUAUCAUGGACAUCAAGAUUGGAUCCAGAACAUGGUAUCCUGAAGCAUCAGAUGAAUAUAUCCAGAAGUGCUUUAAGAAAGACAGAGAAUCGACGAGCCUUGCACUGGGGUUUAGGAUAUCUGGAUUGCAGGUACAUGGGAGUAAAGAAUCUGGGUUCUGGAAGCCUGAUAAGAAGCUUAUCAAGAACUUUACUGCCAAGGAUGUCAGGUUAGUUCUGAGGAAGUUUGUUUCCUCUAACACAUCUGCUGAUUCAGGUGUGGACCCUGAUUGUUUUUUUGCAUCAACUGUUUAUGGUGGUUCUGCUGGAAUUUUGGCACAAUUGUUGGAGCUCAAAGCAUGGUUUGAGGAUCAAACCAUUUUCCAUUUAUAUUCUUGUUCAGUUCUUAUGAUCUACGAUAAGGACUCAGUGUCUAAGGGAAGGAGUUCCGGUGCUGAAGUUAAACUUGUUGAUUUUGCACAUGUCGUGGAAGGCAAGGGCAUUAUUGAUCAUAAUUUCUUGGGUGGACUCUGCUCUUUAAUUAAGUUUAUCUCGGAGAUCUGACGUGCUCGGAUGAGGAUACAAGUACAACCCAAGCUUCUUGGCCAGACCCUAAGAACGGUAUGUAUAGGAUUCUGAAAUCCAAGUACUGUUUAGGCUCGUAUUACUUUCUACUUUAUUUUUAUUGACAUAGAUGGGGCUGUUUCAAUGGAUUGAUUUUAAAAGCAAUGCUAUUGUUGCACUUUUGGAUUGGAACAAUGUAUGUUGAUACACGAAAGCAUUGAAUUUGCCAUGUUGUUUCA